AUGGUGAAUUGUAAAACAAGAUGUUCCUACAAAUAUGGUUCUGGAGGAUCUAGUUGGAGGAUGAACUCUAGGGGUCGUUAUCUAUGGACUAUUCUAGCUGGACAAGCUGCAAUAAUUCUUGGGAUAAAUGCCAAACCUGUCUUAGCAGACGAGCUCCGUGAAAGCAGUUCAGAAAAUGACUCAGAUGCGGAUGACAUGUUUGGGUUUCGCAAAAUUGAGGACGGUUCUGGAAAAUUGGAUCUAGCUGAAAAGUUCUUCUUUUCUGCUCUACAAGAAGCUAAAGAGGGUUUCGGGGAGAAGGAUCCUCAUGUUGCCUCAUCUUGCAACAACUUGGCAGAGCUAUUUAGAGUUCAGAAGCAAUUUGAUAAAGCAGAACCUUUGUAUUGGGAGGCCAUCAAAAUUCUGGAGGAAUCUUUUGGGCCAGAAGACAUACGUGUGGGUGCUGCGCUUCACAACCUUGGGCAAUUUUAUCUCAUGCAACGGAAACUGGAUGAAGCUGCUAAGUGCUAUGAGCAUGCUAUGAAGAUAAAAAGGCGUGUUUUAGGACUCAAUCAUACAGACUAUGCUGAUACACUGUAUCAUCUCGGAAUGGUGCUAUAUCUCCUUGGAAAAGAGAAGGAUGCUGAAGCCCUUAUUCAGGAAUCUAUUAAGAUAUUAGAGGUGCAUGACUAUGCUGCUCAAUUAGUCCUGAUGUAUUUAAAAUCCAAUCGUCUUCCUGAAGCCGAGAAUGUACAAAGGAAGGUGCUGCAGAUUAUGGAACUAUCAAAGGGAUGGAAUUCCAUGGACACAGUAAUAGUAGCUGAAAGGCUGGCCCUGACCCUACAGUCAAUUGGGCAGAUAAAAGAAGCAAAAGAACUACUUGAAAGGUGUCUUGAGGCUCGGAAGUCCUUACUUCCUGAAGAUCACAUUCAGCAUGUGUUUCAUACAAGACUUGCUUCUGUUUUCGGUGGACAGAUUGCUGCAAAUCUGCUUCACAUUGCAAGGGUUGCAAUGUUGAAUUCAAAUCGAUUGAGAAGGUUAAAUAUUUCUGAAGCCAUUGCGGAGCUUGACAAGGCAAAAGAUCUUUUGCACAGUUCUACUAGGAUAGCACGGCAAGUCUUAAAUAAAUUGAGAGUACAAAAAGGGAAAAAGCAAAAGAAUGGAGCAUCUGAAAUGAAAAGAGAGGGGCAUGCGGCAUUGAUCAUACUGUGGCUAGAAUCUAGUUCUUGUUCAAAAUGGAAACAUCAGGAAAAUUCAUUUUGCUUGCAGUUGCAAUCACUAGAUGCUCUUGGACUUUUGGAGACUACAAAACAAGAGUUACUGGAGUCUGAGUGUUGUUUCUCUCUUCCAAUCGUUCUUGCACUGUGUGAUUUACGGCUCAAGCAUCAUGAAAGGACUCGUCAUCCUUACUACCACCUUCCGGGAGAGCAUUUACACAACGUUGAAGCCGAAAAUGUCCUUUUGCAAUGCAUUUCUUCUUACAAAGAGUUUGAAGCCGAGAAGUUAAUUUCUGAUUCACCUAAAGUAAAGACCGAGUAUCUUUCAUGUUUGAAGCAUCUUAUGAGCUUGAUGAUCGAUGCCGGUAGCAAAGAUAAAGUCACCUUAAAAAAUUUGGAUGAUGAAAUCAAGCGUGUUCAAGCUGAAAUUUCUGGUCACUCAAAACAUAAACCCUAA